AUGUCCUUCGCCCUCUGUGAACACCGUGAGGUGUCCGUUACUCGGGCCGUGGACGAGCUGGAAAACCAGUCGCUCAGAUGGACUGUCCGGGUCCUUGACGUGCAGCAGCGCGGGCAGCAGCGGGGCCUCUCCAUCGAAAGGAACCAGCAGGGAACCGUUGAUUCGUCAGCAGAAAUAAGAGGGUCAAGGGGUGACUUUGAACAGGAAGCCGUGUUCGGGACAUCCAGCAGUGCAAAUACCACGCUGGAGGUGACUGGAUUGUGGCUUGAGAACUUCCUCCGGUUUGACGCAGCUGAGGCAGUCCGAGGCCAGGGGCCCGACACAAGAACGGCAGGAGGGAUGACAAUCUGGAUGGACAGACCAAAAAUGAUUGCAAGCAUUGAAAGAGGCGGAUUUGGCAUCAGCUGGGGGUUGGAGACUAGCCCAGCUCUCAUUGGGCAAAAGGCGGUGUACAUAGAGAUGAAUGAAAUAGAUAUCAAUCAAUCUGGAGUCAACAACUAUUUCGAGUCUCCAAUUUCGAUUCCGGCAGCAUUGUCCUUCGCGGUUGACAGCCAGAAUGCCCGGUGGGCAAGUGGGGCAGGAGCUCAGAUAACAAGUCACCUGGGCAUCGCGGCACUCACACUGGCGACAGCUGCCAUCAGCCCAACGAGCCAAAUGCUGGAAAAUUCUGAAUUAGCCCUCACCUCCAUUGUGGCCACACUUGGGGCAGCACUCUCCAGCUGGGACAAACGGAGUCUGAUCCCCCAGACAGCUGCCAAAUGGUAUUUUGAGGCCCAUGAGAGGAGAGCCGGGGACCCGCGCUGCAGGACAACUGCAAUCCGGUUUGGUGAAAUACCAGAGGGAUCGUGUUUCACGAAGCUCCUCCUGAAACUUCAGAUCCAUCAGACAGGAGUAAAAUACGCCAAGCAUCCAGAAAUCAACACCAUUUAUUACCAGUCCAGUCACAGAGGAGACAGAAUGGUCAGAUGCAUCAGCAGAACUGCUGACCUCUCCACGGGAGGAAAGAAGAAAGGGACAAAGAGAGAAACAGCAGGAGGAGGCAGUCAAGCGGCACCACAUCAUCUGCGCUCUCGAUGUUGCCUGAUAGGCUCAUUGGCAGGCAUACCUUUGUCAGCCCAACUGCAUAACACGGUGAGGAAAAGCCUCUGGCUGAAAGUACUUCACAAUAUCAGCACAACACGCAUCCACCACAGCAAAAAGGACAUUUUUAAACAGACACAAGUCUGCAACCUCAACAGAGUUGAUGGCAUCCUGGGGGUCCACCUGAGGGUACCGUGGAACCAGUACCUGGAGUUCCUCACAAGCGUUUUGUGCACGAUGGUCAAAAGAUUGGACAAAGCCAUGACAGAACACUCAACACUCACUUCGAGAGCAGUCAAUGCUCUUGCUCAGAGCAAACCUCUAUCCUUAGUGAACACAAGAGUUCCACUAAUCAACACUGGGAUCAGAUUUCUAAGUCUCUCCAGAGACCUCCUGCAAGCCCUCCACCGCCAGAGGACUCCGCUAAGCCCACUACUCCUAUCUCAAAUCCAACUGCCUUCCAUGAUGUCACGUCUCCUACUUCUGAAAGGUUUACAAGUGAGUUGGGCAGAGCUGGAGGGUUUCUGCUGCAAUGCUCGCUGGUGUUUAACCGAGCCAUUAAAUUCUUUCUUUACAUUCUUUUCUGAUAAUGCCAAAAUUUCAUGUUCUGGGGUUAAUUGGCAAGGCUUUAAAAUGGACAGAAAACCACUUCUAGAGUCACCAGACCGCAGCUGCUCCUUUCAGGAGUUAAAGAACCACUUUUGA